GCUGCCUGCUACACACUGUUUUUCAGUGCUUGGCUGAUGCCAAAAUCUCACACGUCAAACCCUAGAUUGUUCCUUUAACAUCAUACCUCUUGAUCUCAAUUCAGUUGAAUUCACCAUACCCCUAGAUUUCCAUCAGUUCUUAAAUACUUCGAUUUGAUUCGUAUUGCCUGCCGGCAGUGGUGGGUUGUUAUUUAUUUGUACUUGGAUGCGACUUUAGGGUUUAUCAGGUUGUAAAUAUAAGGAAAUGAGAAGACCAAGGCCGGAGUUUCGGCGGUCAGCGAGGCGGCGAUUUUCGAAUGUCUUUUGGUUAACAUUAUGUGGAUUGGUGGCUUUGAUGUUGAUCGUUUUAUUAAGUCGAGAGAGCACCCAACCUAGAUCCAGAUCCGUGUUAGCUAAGAAUUCUUACAGGCAUGAUAAAGUCAUAGAGGGCCUUAAUGUCACAGCUGAAAUGUUGAAUCCUGACUCAAUCGCAAGGCAACUCAAUGAUCAAAUAUCACUUGCGAAGGCAUUUGUUGUGAUUGCAAAAGAAAGCAACAAUCUCCAAUUUGCAUGGGAACUAAGUGCUCAGAUUCGUAACUCCCAGAUCCUUCUUUCAAAUGCUGCCUUAAGGCGAUCACCACUGACACUUCGAGAAUCAGAGACUGCUGUUAGAGAUAUGGCUCUUUUACUCUUCCAAGCUCAACAGCUCCAUUACGACAGUGCAACCAUGAUCAUGAGACUCAAAGCCAGAAUCCAGGAUCUUGAAGAACAGAUGAGUUCUGUAACAGAUAAAAGUAACAAAUACGGACAAAUAGCUGCUGAAGAAGUCCCCAAAAGCCUAUACUGUCUUGGUGUCCGUUUGACAACUGAAUGGUUCAAACAUCUGGAUUUACAAAAAAAGGUCUCCAGAAACGUUCAAAUCGGCAUGAAACUGAAAGACAACAACCUGCAUCAUUUCUGUGUCUUCUCUGACAACAUUCUUGCAACUUCAGUUGUGAUAAACUCGACGGCCUUAAAUUCCCUAAAGCCUGAUAGGGUAGUUUUCCACCUGGUAACUGAUGAAGUUAACUAUGCUGCGAUGAAGGCAUGGUUUACCAUGAACAAUUUCCGAGGGGUGACUGUUGAUGUCCAGAAGUUUGAAGAUUUUAGCUGGUUAAAUGCUUCUUAUGUACCUGUUCUUAAACAGCUACAAGACUCAGACACCCAGAACUAUUACUUUUCUGGAAACAACGAUGGUGGUAAAACUCCAAUCAAGUUCAGAAACCCCAAGUAUCUUUCUAUGUUGAACCAUUUAAGGUUUUACAUUCCGGAAGUUUUUCCUGCAUUGAAGAAACUGGUGUUUCUUGACGAUGAUGUCGUGGUUCAAAAGGAUCUCUCGGGUCUUUUCACUGUUGAUCUGAAUGGCAAUGUCAAUGGAGCUGUGGAAACAUGUAUGGAAACAUUUCACAGAUACCACAAGUACUUGAACUACUCUCACCCACUCAUAAGAUCCCAUUUCGACCCUGAUGCUUGUGGCUGGGCUUUCGGGAUGAAUGUUUUUGAUUUGGUCGAGUGGAGAAAAAGGAACGUUACCGGCAUUUACCAUUAUUGGCAAGAAAAGAAUGUAGACAGAACGUUGUGGAAGCUGGGAACGCUGCCACCUGGACUUCUUACGUUUUAUGGAUUGACAGAGCCUUUAGAUCCCCACUGGCAUGUACUAGGUUUGGGAUAUACGAACGUCGAUCCUCAGGUGAUUGAAAAUGGAGCCGUGCUACACUUUAACGGCAACUCGAAGCCUUGGUUGAAAAUUGGAAUAGAAAAGUACAAGGCUUUAUGGGAGAAGUAUGUUGACUACAGUCAUCCAAUGCUGGAAAGAUGCAAUUUUCACUAAUUUGGAUGAGGGAUUUGUGAUCCUUUUGUUGUGCAAAAUGAACAGUAAGGGCUGUAAAGGUUCAUGUCAAACUGGGUGUGUGCAUGGAUUCUGUUGUUGUCAUAAAGGUUUACUAGAUGGGGGCGGUGUAACAAUUACUUUGUAUACUGAAUGGGUCAGUUUAAUGUUAUUUAUUAGUGAUUUAUGAGACCA